AUGGUGACUACUUCCAAGCCCCCAACGAUUACUGAAGCCAUUGACUUGAGCGUGGCACUGACUGAAGAAGCGAUCAGAUUGAACAAGUUUUCAACCCCUGAGGGAAAGAAGAAGGAGAUUCACGUCGAGUCAUCAGGAGAGAACAAGAGGAAGUUCUCGAAUUUCAAGAAGGGUACCCAAGGAAACAACAACAGUGGUAACAAGAAAAGAGAUGCGAACCCACCAGACGAGGUCAUGACUAGUACUGCUACUGCUGAAGGUAAGGGGAAAGGAUACCUGGGCACCCUGCCCAAGUGUAAUGUGUGCCAGUUCCAUCAUGCCGGCCAGUGUAAGUUUAGGAAGUGUGAAAACUGCGGAAAGAAUGGUCUUUCGAAGGAGACGUGCUGGGCUGGUAAUGGUCAUGAGAAUGGUGGCCAGAGAGGUAAUGGUAAUGGAAAUGGCAAUGGAGACCGUGGCGGAAACGGUUAUGGAAACCGCAAUCAAGGAGGAAAUGGCGGUAAUGGAAAUCGUGGUGGUUCUGGAAAUCAACCUGGUAGUGGAAACCUUGGAGCCAACAACAAUCAGGGCGGUACUGGAAACAAACAAGGUUGCUUUAGCUGUGGAGAUGUUGGGCAUUUCAAGCGGGAUUGCCCGAAGAACAAUCAAGCCCAAGGAAGAGUUUUCAACAUUGGAGCUAGGUAA